UAGUAGCUAUUCCUGUCACUUCUUACAGCCGAGGCCCAAUAUACAUUGUAUUCUCAUAUUUGUACUUCCUCCCAACAUCUAGCGCAUAUUUGGCCAACAUAUAAAUUUUUAUCGAAAGAAUGAAUGACAUCAAUGACAGGCUGGUCGCACUCCGGUGGUCCAGGUUAGCCCGUGAGGCCACGAGGAAACUGCGGAUAAGACAGCGUCCAAUUUGCCCAUACCGCCUGCUAAACUACAAGUCCCAGUACGCAAACUCCAUGGUUGCAGUGCAUACUGGGAGAAAGUCUCCAGCUCUUCAUUGGCCACGUAGGAGAAACUCCGGUGUGUAAAAGCGCGGGGUUUAACGCACGUACGCACGGAAAACUGCGCAAGUCUCCUCGUCUGAGUUUCGCGGAACUCAUUUUGAGUGUAGGCGUUUUAGCCGGUAGGAUUUAAGAACAGUUUUAUUUCCGGCGUCACCGGAAGCAGUUUGAAAAUGGCGUCUCCCUCCUUAGAGCGGCGAGAAAAAGGGGCUGGAAAAAGUGAAUUUCGUAACCAGAAGCCAAAGCCGGAGAACCAAGAUGAAUCAGAACUCCUUACUGUUCCCGAUGGCUGGAAGGAACCAGCUUUUUCCAAAGAGGACAAUCCCAGAGGACUUUUGGAGGAGAGCAGUUUCUCAACUUUGUUCCCAAAAUACAGAGAAGCUUACUUGAAAGAGUGUUGGCCAUUGGUGCAGAAAGCCUUGAAUGAACAUCAUGUUAAUGCAACCCUGGACCUGAUCGAAGGCAGCAUGACUGUCCGUACUACAAAGAAGACUUUUGAUCCAUAUAUCAUCAUUAGGGCAAGAGAUCUGAUAAAACUGUUAGCAAGGAGUGUUUCAUUUGAACAGGCAGUACGAAUUCUUCAGGAUGAUGUUGCAUGUGACAUCAUUAAAAUAGGUUCUUUAGUAAGGAAUAAAGAGAGAUUUGUAAAACGAAGACAACGGCUUAUUGGUCCCAAAGGAUCUACAUUGAAGGCAUUGGAACUCUUAACUAAUUGUUACAUUAUGGUUCAGGGAAACACAGUUUCAGCCAUUGGACCUUUUAGUGGCUUAAAAGAGGUUAGAAAAGUAGUCCUAGAUACUAUGAAGAAUAUUCAUCCAAUUUAUAACAUUAAAAGCUUAAUGAUUAAGAGAGAGCUGGCAAAAGAUUCUGAAUUACGAUCACAAAGUUGGGAGAGAUUUUUGCCGCAGUUCAAACAUAAAAAUGUGAAUAAACGCAAGGAACCAAAGAAAAAAACUGUUAAGAAAGAAUAUACGCCAUUCCCACCACCACAGCCAGAAAGUCAGAUUGAUAAAGAAUUGGCUAGUGGUGAAUACUUCUUGAAGGCGAAUCAGAAGAAGCGGCAGAAAAUGGAAGCAAUAAAGGCUAAACAAGCAGAAGCCAUCAGUAAGAAACAAGAGGAAAGAAACAAAGCAUUUAUUCCACCUAAAGAAAAACCAAUUGUGAAACCUAAGGAAGCUGCUACUGAAACUAAAAUUGAUGUGGCCAGCAUCAAGGAAAAGGUUAAGAAAGCAAAGAAUAAGAAACUGGGAGCUCUUACAGCUGAAGAAAUUGCGCUGAAGAUGGAGGCAGAUGAAAAGAAAAAGAAGAAGAAAAAGUAAAAUAUACCCCAAACUCCUUGACUAGAACUAUCUCCUUUUGUAAAGGAUUUUGAGAUACCAGGCAUUAGUUGCCUUAUCUGUGAGAAAUUUUCUGAGGGUUUUGUUUUGGUAGUGGUGGUUCAUAGAAGAGUGUUCUUUAUAAAUUAUUAUAUUUUUGUGUUUUUUGAAAAUUUUGUACUAGAAAGUGGUAUAUAUGUCUUUGUAUACAUUACGACCAUUGUGAUUAUCCAUUAAAUCCAGUGUCUGAUGCCAUUGGUUAGUCUUCAAAUAUAAUGAUGUCCCAGCAUUUGAUGCUCCCUUUAAUGAUAACAAACAAAUAUUUAGGUUUAUCCCUUUUGAAAAUUUGGUUUUACUUUUAACAGUCCAUGAACAGAAAAUUAAGGCCUCUAAAAUCAGAUCCCCUAGUUACUCCUCUGUUCUGAAUCUGGGAAAGUGGUAAACCAGAAAGACAUCAGGUUGCAAGAGAACAGGGAAAACCAGAUAUUUAGAGUUGAAGCAGCAUGCAAAAAGUAAUAAUGGCUACUGGAGUUACUAAGAAUCACCUUAAAAAGUGCUACUGUACCUUGCUCAUUUUGCAGAUUUAGAAGCUGAAACAUGGGUUAAGUUACUUACUGAAAGUCCACCUGUGGCAACCUGCAAACAAUGCUUAUUUAUAGCAAACAAUGCUUAUUUAUAGAAAAGUGGGAAGUAAAGAUGAGUUUAUCUGAUAGAGUUAGGAAGUUUCUUCUUUUGAGUAAGAGUAUGGCUGCAAUGUAUUUUCUUUUCUGAAAUGUUUUAAAAUAGAAAUACACCUAAUUGUUAUUCACUAUUAUUGGUUAAAAAAAAAAGCCAUAUUUGAAUAAGGUUGAUUUUUGGGUUUUUUCUUUCCUGGAUUGUAUUAGUCCAAAAGAACUAAAUUAGGGUACUUGUGUUGUACCAAAAUGGUAAUUAUAACAGACAGUAUCAUAAUUACUGAAUUAACAAUGAGAAAGAGAGAAGUGUAUCUGUUACGUGGAUAUAUGGGCCAGCCUGGAUACACAA